GUCAGAGUUCGCAAAAUGGCGGUAAAUGAGAGGAAGUGAUCAUCUUUCGCGUGUAUUUCUGAGAAUUAUGCUUCUUCUGUUUCUUCCUGAUGAGAUGUGCAUACUUAAUAUGGUUUGAAGUCUUAGACUUUGUCUCCUCCUGUCACCUUCUUGAAGUAAACUUGUAAGGAACUCGAUAGAUCUGGGGUCUCGCGUUGAAGUUCCUAGUCCCUCGUGGUCUUUGGGGCAGUCACCUUUGACAAAAAUUUGGGCAUGUGCACAGUCAUAAUCUGAUAAAAGAGUUGGAUCAUCAAUUUACAUUGUGUAUGCAUGAUGGAGGAUUCCUGCACUCCAGCUUUUGUGGAGGCCCCAUUUCAGAGGAAGGACAGUGCCCACCCCAGAACACUGACAGAGGAAGACAGAGACAGGUUAAAGAAACAGGACAACAAGAUUGUCUCAGACUUCAAGCAGAAGAAACUGGAGAAGGAGGCCCAGAGAAACUGGGACCUGUUCUACAAAAGGAACUCCACAAACUUCUUUAAGGACCGACACUGGACAGCCCGAGAGUUUGAGGAACUAGCCAACACUAGUCAGAAGGACACUCCUGUAGCCCUGCUGGAGGCUGGCUGUGGGGUGGGAAACUUUCUCUUCCCUUUACUGCAGGAGAACCCUUACCUCUUCAUCCAUGCCUGCGACUUCUCACCCAGAGCUGUGCAGUUCGUUAAGGACAAUCCUCAGUACAACCCAGACCGCUGUAACGCCUUCCAGUGUGACCUUACGAAAGACGACCUACGAGCCAGCGUACCGGCAGCUAGUGUGGACAUGGCGACACUAAUUUUUGUCCUGAGCGCCUUACAUCCUGAUACAAUGCGUACAGCACUGGAGAACAUACACAGGGUGCUGAAGCCAGGUGGUUGCGUGUUGUUCCGUGAUUACGGCCUGUACGACCACGCCAUGUUGAGGUUCGCUCCCGGACACAAGCUAGCCGACAGCUUCUAUGUUCGACAAGAUGGCACCAGAGCGUACUACUUUUCAACAGAUGAGCUUGCCAAGUUGUUCACAACUGCAGGAUUCUCCGUAGUGAACAAUGAGUAUGUGUUGAGGGAAACAGUCAACAAGAAGGAAGGACUGUGUGUGCCCAGAGUGUUCGUACAGGGCAAAUUUGUAAAAACAGGACAGAAACAGGACGUACCUGGCACAGAACAGGACGACAACGGGACAACCAGCAUUGAUAAAGGACUUGAUGAUGCAGAACAGCACAGUUGCAGUACAUAAUUUUCAAGCAGAUGUAGGGUUUGGCUCAGUGUGUGCACAUGUUUUGAGAUGAGGCAGUUUCAACCUCUUUCUAUGAUCUGGUAGCCUGUGUUUUUAUUACUUUGCUUGCCUCCCUCUCCCUGGAUGCUUUCCUUCAUAGUUUACCAAGGCUUUCAUACUCCACUCUUACAAACUAUUUUAUCAAAAGGUGGAGUGUGGAAGUCCUAGUAAGCAAAGAUGGCACCCAGACAACCUACCUCCUACAUGGACCACUAGAAAGUCAGAAAAUGCUUCAAAAAUAUGCAUAAAACACUACAGUAAACAAAACCCCUCAUCUACUGAAAGAUAACAGGUUGAAUAUAUGACAAUGAAGGAACUUGAAGAGACAAAGAAAGAUAACAUAGCAACAAAAUGUCUUUGUUGUUGGC